AUGGAGAAACUUCCAAUCAACAACAACAACAACAGGCGAUUCGAUGGUAUUACCAUUAUACGCAUCGUUGUUUUGGCAUUUAUAGUAACUGUAUCGACAUAUUUCGUCAACAGCUACACAUGCAAUCAACCACACCAUAAUCACUCGACCAGACCAAGUCAUUAUUUGUCGAUAAAUGGUACCAACGGGAUGUUGAGCAAUUGCGAUUCGUCGCAUAAUAAAGGCGCAGUUGGUCAUUAUAACACCACAGUGUCUCUUGAAAGAAGAGCUGACGAAAAUAAUUCAACAACAGGUGGGUUAUUCUCCCUGACUUCAUCGUCUACAUUCAUAUUUACUACAUCUUCGUCGUCUUCUUCUACAUCCCAACAAUCAAGUUCAACUCCACAAUCAACAUCUACCAGCUCAUUUGUUGCGACAACUUCAUCGUUCCAACAGGUAUCAUCAGAGACUUCAACUCCCGACACAAGCACCGAGUUUUCUACUAGUUCAUUUUCUGAGGCUCCUACUACCUCGUCAACUAGUUCUACAUCACAAUUUAGUAGCUCGCCCGAGGAAACUCGUAGCACCCCGACUAGUACUUCUUCCACGUCAUCAUCGUCAUCAUCUACAUCAAGUCCUGCAACAACAUCAGUUUCUCAACAGGUGACCACAUUCAGCUCUGUUGAUAAUGGAAAGACUGUUGUUGUGACGAGAACGUCUGUGAUCUCAAGUCUGCCAACAGCCUCCAACAACAACAACAACAAUAAGAACAGUGAUAACGGAGGUGGUUUAUCCCAUACAAACAGGAUUGUUGUGGGUGUGGUUGUUGGGGUCGGUGGCUCUAUAUUACUUGGUUUGUUGGCCGUUUUAUUUUACUUGAGAAAGAGAAACAACCGUGAUUAUGAAGGUGGCUGGACUUUCUGGAGAAAGAAUGAGAAAUUGGGAAGUGAUGAGUUUUUCAAUGGCGAAUUGGGGGUCAGAGACAGAAACAUUAAUCAAGGAUCAAAUUUUUAA